UGACCUGAGAUGCCCGGUACCGGCAGGGGGAGGGGAGCAGCGAAAAGGGGGGAGCCCCGGGAGUCCCGGAGCCUGAAAUGGGGGCCUGGAGAGGGGGGACCCCGAGAGCCGGGAGUGAGGGGAGCCUGGAGAAGGGGCAGCCCGGAGAAGGGAUGAGCCUGCACAGGGGGAAGCCCUGGGACACCAAAGUGGGGACCCCAGGGAAGGGGAACCUCAGGGAGGGAUUUUUUCCUAUGAUGUUUUGAUGUUUUCUGAUGUUUUGGAGGUUUUCAUGGACACAAGAUACCUGAUGACUUCUAGAGAUGGACUUGGGCAGGAGGAACCCUGAAUCCUAGGUGGUCACCCCUUGUUUUUCUCCCCAAACCAGACUUCUCAUUCCCAAGCAUUAGACGAAUGGAGGAGGAGGAGAAGGCAGAGAGGAAGAUGCUCUGGGACCCCCAGGCAGGCACUGAGCUGCAGAGGGAGACCAGGGAGGACAAAUCCCCACAGCAGAACCUCGUGGACGAGGCCGUUUUGAGCAGCUCCAAGGGGCAGGAAUCCAAUGGGGAGGAAAUGACAAAGGGAUCCCCCACAGGGAGGGGCUCCAAACCCAUCCCAGGGUGCUCUGAGGAGAAAAGACCCCCCCUGUGCUUCAUCCAGAGAUCCAACCUGGUGGUCCAUGAGCAGCUUCACGCCGGGGAGAAGCCCUACUGGUGCUUGGAAUGUGGGAAGAGCUUCAGCCACACCUCCCACCUCUUCAUCCACCACCAAGUACACACGGGGCAAUGGCCCUACCAGUGCUUGGAAUGUGGCAAGAGCUUCAACUGCACCUCCCAUCUCAUCCCCCACAUGCGGCAGCACACAGGGGAACGGCCCUACGAGUGUGGGGAAUGUGGGAAGAGCUUCAGCCUGAGCUCUGUCCUGGUCCAGCACCAGAAGCUCCACUCUGGGGAACGGCCCUACAAGUGCUUCGGGUGUGGCAAGAGCUUCUGCCAGAAAUCCAGCCUGAUCAGCCACCAGAAGAGCCACAGUGAGGAACGGCCCUACGAGUGUCCUGAGUGUGGGAAAGGAUUUCGGACCAGGUCAAAUCUCCUGAGGCAUCAAAAAACACACACGGAGGAGAGGCCCUUGUGCUGCUGACUGCAGGAAGGGCUUCAAAGACAACUCCACCCUCACCGUCCACCGGCGCAUCCACACUGGGGAGAGGCCCUACGAGUGUCCCCAGUUUGGGAAGAGCUUCUCCACCACAUCUAACUUGACCCAACACCAACCAGCAGUAAGGGUGGACUCACUGAUUGCACAAUUUUGAUUUCCUAUUGCCCAAGGGUGUCUUCCACAGCCAAAUGGUGAUGAAGUGGGGCAAAGAUCAAGGUUUUGGAGACAGUGGGGUGGAAACGCCUCCAAAAAAUC